GUGCACUUCUCAUCGGUGUGCAGGGAUGUCGUGGGAUUUUAUCGUACCGGUUUGUUUGGAUGAUCUUGUGAAGUCUGGAGCAGUAAACCAGUAUGUGGUUCAGGAUGUGCUGUCUGCUAAACAGCUCCCCUCUCACCUCAACAGUUUUAAAGCAGCGUUGAGAAACCAGGGGCCACUUUGCAUCCUAGAACACUUUGACACAGCGUACAGUGUUCUGAAACAUUGUCGCACGGUGGAUGUGGCGGUGAAAGAAGACACCCUUGAACUCCUGAUACAAGUGGUCAGGGGGCUGUCUGUCUCUCUACCUACCCUCCUUCUGUCUGGGUCCCUGUCAGCUGUAAACCGCAAACAACAGCUCAAUGCUGUCAAGAUGAGCAUCUUUCUCCUUUGCAAGCUCACAGAAACACUUGAAAGUGACUCUUAUAGGGAGGAUAUUGUCACUGCGCCAAGCAAGGGUCGUAAGAAGGACAAAGUGGCUGGGAAAGGUCUUCUGCAGUGGGACAGUGACAGAGAGACAGUUCUUCAGUGUUUGACUCAGCUGCUGCAGCUGGACAUUCGCACACUGUGGAGUCUGUCUCUAGUGGAGGAGGAGUUUGUCAGUUGUGUGACAUGCUGCUGCUAUAAACUCCUGGAAAACCCCACCAUAAGUCACAUGAAGAGCAAAUCCACCAGAGAUGCUAUCAUCCAUGUGCUAGGAAUUAUGGUGAAGAAAUACAACCACAUGUUGGGAGCGUGUGUGAAGGUGAUUCAGCUCUUGCAGCACUUUGAGCAGCUGGCGUCAGUGUGUGCCCAAGCUGUGGCUGCCUGGAGCACAGAGUAUGGGGUCAAGGCCAUCGUUGGAGAGAUCAUGAGGGAGAUUGGUCAGAAGUCGAGCGAGGAGCUAGCCAGAGAGGGUUCAGGUGUGAAGGCUUUCUCCAGCUUUCUGUCUGAACUCCGCACUCUGGUACCUGAAACCAUGAUCCCCAACAUCAGUGUUCUUUUAACACACCUGGAAGGAGAGAGUCCAAGCCUGCGUGUGGCCGUGUGUGAGGUUCUCGGUGAGGUUCUGGUGCGAGUUUUGACUGGCGAUAAGCUGGAUGAUUCGGCACGUGCGGACCGAGAUCGUUUCCUGGACACGCUGCAGGAGCAUAUUCAUGAUGCGCAUGCACACGUCAGAGCCCGCGUGCUGCAGGUCUACACGCGUAUUGUCAAUAGCAAGGCCUUACCACUGAACAGGUACACUGAGGUUAUGGAGCUAACCGUUGGUCGCCUUGGUGAUAAAUCUGUCCAUGUGUGCAAGAGUGCCAUACAGCUGCUGGCUGCCUUCAUUGCUCACAACCCUUACAGCUGCAAGCUGAGUAGCAAAGACCUGAAGAAGCCUCUGGAAAAAGAGACAGCCAAACUCAAGGAAAUGAGAGAUGCACAGAGAGAGCAAGAGCCUGUUGCAGUGAUCACAGCAGCUGAUCUUUGGGAAGCGAUGAAGCCUGAGGUGGAGCUGACAGUGAAAGCACACCUGGAGCCCAGCAGUGAGGAUGAGCGUGAUAAAGAAGAGGAGGAAGAGACCGAAGGAGAGGAAGAGAGGAGCGACAGAGAAACUGCUGUCCAAAUCGCACAGCUUCUCCGAGAAAACAAAUACAGGAAGGCAAUUAAUCUGUGUAUGCGGGCCCACUCACUGUUCCCAGAGUCUUCAUUCUUCUCUGCACUGGCCGACCUGAACACAGAAACCCUCAUCAACGCACUUGCAACACUUUUCAUAGGUCCAAAGCAGGAGACACCCGAGGCUGGAGCAAGCAAUGCACCACCAACCCCACAGAAAGAGGGUGAGGGAGGAGAAAAUGAGGGGAGAGAGAGUGAACUGAAGAAGCAGGAGAUGUUGGUUCAGUAUUUGAAAGACACAGAGAGCUUCGCUCUACAGGUGGAAAGAGCCAUUGCAGUCAUUAACAACAUGCUGUACUGGAAAACAACUACAGUGGUGCAAGAGGCGGUGCAGUUCUGUGUCACAGCAUUUGAGUUUAGUGUGGCUGACUCUGUGUGUGGGGUCCGGAAGAUGCUGCCUCUGGUCUGGUCCACUGACGUCGCUGUCAAAGAUGCUGUGAUUCAAGCCUACAGACGCCUCUACCUCAAUCCUCACGGUGACAGCACCAGGGCAAAGGCUCAGACUCUAGUGGACAGUCUGUCAGAGCUGAUGGUUGAUUCUUCAUUAGGGACCAUCCAGUGUCUGGAAGAGAUUGUGCAGGAGUUUUUCAGCAAUGAGAGUGCCCUGCAGUCUUCUGUUGUGCAGGUUCUGUGGGAGAGGUUCUCUGGUAAACGAGAGACUUCAGCACUCCACAGAAGAGCUGCAGUGCUUCUGCUGGGCAUGGCAGCACGUGCUGAGAGAGAGGUGGUUCUCAGUAAUUUAGACACGCUUUGCUCUGUCGCUCUGGGAGAGAAGGUUGCAGAAGAUUAUCUUCUGGCUCGGGACACACUCGUCACCAUUGUUAAUAUAACCGACCACGUGAGGCAAUCCAAGAGUAUCCCCUUCAGGCUUCCCAUGGACCACCAUCUCUUCAGCUGUCUGUCACAGGCCGUUGCUGAUGGAGUGGUCCAGUCAGACCCUCAUUGGCAGCCCUUUAUGGAACAGGCUGUCCGUCUCAUCUACUUCCUGGCAGAGUCACCUGACCAGCUGUGUUCCCGCCUCCUUCAGCGGUCUGCUCAUCUCCUAUUGGAGCAAAUCACGGAGGGUGGGGAGCCCAACCAAUCACAACUGCAGGAAGGCGGGUCUCAGGACUUUGAAGAGCAAGUGAAUUGUGUGAGUCUGGCCCAGGUGUUGUCACUAUGCGGAGCUGUGGCAUUCUGGCAGGUAUCUCACCUUGAGAGAAGCGUCAGUGCUGAGCUGCGGAGGAGGAGAGGAGAAAAGGAAGAGAAGGAGGAGAAAGAGAAGGCACCUGCCAACAAAGCAAAGGAGGCUAAUGACAGUUGUGUGGAGGAGGAGCUUGGGCUGGUGGGCGCUUCAGCAGAGGACACAGAGGCGGAGUUUAUUCGCAAGGUCUGUGAGACAGAGUUACUAGCCGAAGGGAACAUGUUGAGUGCAUUUCUGCCCCUGCUGGUGAAAGUUUGCAGCUCUCCAGGCAGAUAUUCCCACCCUCAGCUCACCACUGCUGCCUGCCUGGCUCUGUCUCAGUACAUGAUGAUCAGUCCUGCUGUUUGUAAAGACAACAUCCGUCUGCUGUUCACUGUGCUGGAGAAAUCCCCACUUCCUAUCGUCAGGGCCAACACCAUUGUCGCUCUCGGUGACCUAACAGUCCGCUUCCCCAACAUCCUGGAACCCUGGACACCCAACCUUUAUGCCAGGUUGAGUGAUGAGAAUGCAUCUGUGCGUCUGACCGCCAUCACGGUUCUGACCCAGUUGGUGUUGAAGGAUGUGAUGAAGGUCAAAGGUCAGGUCAGUGAGGUCGCAGUGCUCCUGCUGGACCUCGAGCCACACAUCGCCAGUCUCGCUCUCAACUUCUUCAAUGAGCUCUCUGCAAAGGACAAUGCCAUAUAUAACCUUCUGCCAGACAUCAUCAGCCGAUUAUCUGAUCCUGAGCGAGCAAUGAAGGAGGAUGAUUUCAACACCAUCAUGAAGCAACUUUUCUCUUACGUCACUAAGGAGAGACAGACGGAGAGUUUAGUGGAGAAGCUCUGCCAGCGAUUCAGAACAGCAAAGACGGAGCGUCAGUGGGCAGAUCUGGCUGUGUCUCUGUCUCUCUUGUCUGUGUGCGAGCGAGGUUUUAAGAAGCUGCAGGAGUGCUGGGACUGUUACAGUGAUAAACUCACUGAGCCUGGAGUGUAUCAGCCCCUCCUCUCCAUCUUGGCUAAACUCCGCCGAAGAGCCAAACCACAGUUUAAGGCACAGGUUGAAGACUUUGAGAAGCGAUUAACGGCCGUUCACACUAAAGGGCUGGAGAAUGUGGAGAGUGAAGGGAGAGAACAGCAGAUGGGAGAGACACAGAGCCAAAACAUGCACACACCACAGCCACACAAGGGCACUCGCAAAACCACACGGGGCCGUGGGAAGCCCAAGUUAGAUGACAGUGACCUUGUGACCCCAAAAACAACUCGCUCACGUCCCAAGACUGUUAUCAACUUUACCAGUGAUGAGGAAGACGAGCAGGAAGAUGAUGCUGUCAUGGCUGAGAGUGAGACGCCUAAAGUGACCACACCCAUUGCCCGCACGCGACGCACUCGUCUCAGACACUGAGUGCUCUUGUUAUUUUAUGUCUGGUUUGGUUUUUGUCUUUCGUAUUCAACCUAAUGGUUUUAGACUGAUGAAAGUUGACUAUUCAGUUUUUAUUUUUUAAUGUUUAAUAUUUUAGUUGCCCAUUCAACAUAUGUCUGUCUUGGUUGUUUUUAUUAAAGAUUUUAAACUGUAAUGACUGAAUGUUUUUUGGUCUACAUAAUUUGUGUACACGCAUGUAGCAUUGGUUAAAGUUUGUGUUUCUUUUUAAUAAGAGCUCACAUUUUAAACUUUUUUUUUUUUUACAUUUACUUACUGGUGUAUUUUAACGUGUUGUUGAAUGGGAAGUAUCUUAUCCAGAAAUACCUGGAUAAACGAGUUUUUGUAGUUUAGAGUUUGGCUUUAAAGAGUUAAAAUAGUUGUUAAAAGCUGUGUGGAUAUGGGACUCUAGUUUUGUAGGCGUUCGUUUCUCUGCAGAACUGAUAAGACUUGGUGUCAGUCUUCACUGAGCUCAACUUCAUCUGGAAGACUGCUUGAUCAGAAUCAGCUUUAUUGCCAGGUAUGCUUACACAUACAAGGAAUUUGUCUUGGUGACAGGAGCUUCCAGUGUACAACAAUACAAGACAGGGAUAAUAAAAAAAAUUAUAAAAAUAAUUAAAAAUUAAAUAAAAAUACAAUAAAAAGAAAAUUGAAUAGAAAAUAAAUUAUAUACAGAAUACACAAGACAUAUAUAUAUAUAUAUAUAUAGCUUUGACUGUGCAAAUAAAACCUUUAAAAGUACGUUUGAAUGUUGCAGGAGACGAACAUGAAUCUUGAAGGACCAAACUGCGAAAAUUAGUUACUAAUCUGUCUGAAAGGUCCAGCAGUCAGUCAUUUACUAAUACACAGCAGUAGUGACCUCUGGAGGAAGAAUUUUUAAACUUUAUUGCAGUUAUUUUGCGUGCAUUUGAUUGCAUUUCGUAAAGCCCUUUAUAACCACCCUCUGAAAAACGCCUACAAACGUGAAGUAAACAGUGGCUGCAGAUGUGCAGACCCAAAACAUCUGCAGCAAAAAACUUGAGCUAUUAUGAGAACGUGAGACGGACUUACAACUAAAACCUCCUGCACGGUUUAAUUUCGCCAAAGAUGUGCUCGAGCAGUGGGAAACGAAGGAAAAGGUAAAUCAGAGCUCUACGAUGUUGUAUUGGUAUAUAUGUUUGUUUUUCUCUAAAGUGUGUAAUACGUUAUUAUAAUUUCUUGACAAACAUGGAGUACUUUACAGAUCAGAAAUAGCUGUUCAUUCUCAUUUUAAUAUAAAAACAUAACUACAAUUCUGAAGUCCAAUUUUAGUUAUUGCAUUUGUAAAUACCACGCGGAAAAAUAUCCUGUCUAUCUAACGGAUAUCACUGAAAUAGGUGUCCUGAAAAAUAUUUAAAUCUUUAUUUUACGGCAUUAAAAGAAUUUGACCGAGGGCCGUUUGUGUUAGCCAAUCAGAAGCCUUUAAGACGGUUCUCUACCAAUGGCGUGAGUUUGGGGCGGGACUUCUCGUUUUGUCGUCUGUUUGGACAUUAGUUUUACAGUUCCGUUUGGUGCCGGUAGUGGUGCAGACAUUACAGCAUCUCAGAAGAUUAACUUUAUUAUUGAGAGAAACUACUGCUCUUUUAGAAUUAUAUAAUGUGAUAAUCUUGUUUAAUGACUUAAUCCACUUCCAGAGUGUGGAAAAAGGCUGGAAAAAUCAAUCUGGACCCCACUCACCCUGCCCAUUACCUUUUUGAACUGUUGCCUUCUGGCCGAUGCUUCAGAGCUCUGAGCACCAGAACUGUCAGGUACAGGAACAGUUUUUUCCCUCAGGCUAUCCAUCUCAUGAACAGUUAAAACUGCCCCAUUGAGCAAUAAUUAAUGUGCAAUACACAGCUUAGUCUUUUUAUAUUAUCCAACACACCCAACCUCUUCUGCCAUUACAUUCCCUUGCACUGUACAUAACCGAUUUGUAUUUAGAUUUGCACUACGUGUGUGUGUGUGUGUGUGUGUGUGUGUGUAUGUGUGUAAUAUAUGUAUAUAUAUAUAUAUAUAUAUAUAUAUAUAUAUAUAUAUUAGUCUAUUGUAUAUUCUAUAUAUACUUUUUUUCU